UCCUCGCGCUCGCCGCGUGCUCGCGCUGCUCUAAACAGGUAUGAGCCAUGACGCCAGCAAGGUGACACCCUCCUCUCUUCCUGUGCUCCUCCGGUGUGGUGCAACGCGGCUCCGGCUCAGCUCCCGGUGGAGAUUUUUAAAAUUUCCAACAACAAGGUGAAAAGUAUCAGCCCUCUCUGUCCACGAUGUCCUCCAGAGGUAAACAUGACCUGUGCCGAAUGUGUGGCGGCACUCUCCAGGGAAACCAAAGGCGGUGGCUGUUUGGAGCCCAAAAUAAGAAUACUGAUCAGGCUCAGACCCCGACAGGGUCUGUGAGAGGAGGAAGCCUGUCCCGGUCCUCGCAGAGCAGCCCCUGGGGCAGCACGUUGUCUCUGGGUUCCUCGGUGUCGCUCUCCCAGGUUUCCCUGAGCUCCCCGUCCAAAGGGAUGGACCUGCUCUCGGUCUUGACUCACAUACUGGGGCAGUCUAUAACCCGAGGCAGCGGGCAGGCGGAGUUCGUGUGUGGCAAAUGCGUGUGCGUCCUCGAGCGGGUGUUCAAGUUCGACUCGGUGAUAGCCAGGGUGAGGGUGCUCUCGUCCGAGAGGCUUCAGAAGCUGACGCAGGAGAGGGACAAGAUCCGACAGUGGGUGCGCCAAAACUACUACCAGAGACACCCGCGGGACGUCCAGAGCAGGGGCAGCACCAGCGAGGAGGACGGAGAGGCGGAGAAGGAGGGCUACAGGGAGAUGCUCAAGGAGAAUAUGGCACUCUCGGAGUAUGAGUGCUGGUCCGAGAAGUGGGACAUGUGCCCGUAUUUUAUAAGAACGGGGAAAAGAUGCAGGAAGGGCAAAGGAUGUGAAGGCUGUGAUUCUCUGCGGGUGUCCGACUCGAAUUACGAGUCCGUUUGUGGGGUCCCUCGCCGUUUGCCUCUCCAAUCAUUCUCCCCGUUGGCGUUGUCGCGGGACAAAUCCCAGAGCAUGCCCCUCCACUGGCAGAGGGUGACAUCCUGCAGCUCCAUGCCUUCUUCCCUAGGGGGGUCCACCCUGUCCUUACAGGAGUCCUCCUGCACCGAGUCCUUUCAGUCUAUGGACUCUCUUGAUGGCAACGACCCGUUCGACCCGCCGGGUGUUCGGUCGACCAACUUUUUGCUGAUGGAGCUGAGGGGCAUUGAAGGAAAGCCGGUCGGUUCGCCAUCGGGGAGUAGGAUCCCAGUUCUGGACAGGAAGUACUCGGGGACAGUUGGAGGGACGGCGUUCCCCUCGGUGAACAGGGUGCUGCGCUUCGGGAGUGUGGAGAACGGAGGGGAGGAAAUGAACGAAGAGGACGGGGAUGUGCUGUCAGAGCUGAGGGACGAGUUCAUGCCUCUUCAUCGAGAGAGCACUACUGGCAGGGUUCACCACGCUGUCCGGCACCUGCGAGGCCAGCUGGACCAGGCUGUGGCCCAAAUCAGGACCCUGGAGGCUGAGCUGAAACAUGGGAGGGCCCAACAAAUCGAAAUCAAUGGAUCAGACGACUGGGUCCCUUUGCUCCAGGAGGAGGGUGGCAGCUCCCUGCUGCAGAGCUUCAGUCACUCCCUGCACAGCCGGGAGCGCGUGAUCCAGGAGUGCAUGGGUCUGAUCAGAAGGCUGUGUGUGGAGGAGGCAGCAGGCACAGAGCUGGCCAACAAGCUGACUGAGAAUCUGAAGGAAACUCAAUCUGACAACAAGGCCGCCCUGCAGACUGUGAGGUCCGAAGCGACGGCGAAGGACAAGAGCAUGGAGAAAGAGAUCGAGGCACUGCGGAAGGCUGGAAGAGACCGAGAGGGAGACCUCGACACACUCAACGCCGUGCUGCAGUGCAACCAGGAUAUCAUCAACGAGCUGCGAGUGGCUCUGGAGGAGAAGGAGCGACGGCUGAAGGAGGUGGAGAAAGAGAGGGCGGUGUGGAGACAGAGGGACUGCGCCCUCGCCACUGUCCUGCAGGAGAAGGAGGCUCUGAUCCAGGAGCUGGCGAGCUGUCAGAAAGAUGUGCAGGGUUUUGUAGGAGACACGGAGGGAAAUGGCGCCACCUUGUGCAUGGAGGUCACCAAACUCACCACAGCCCUGCAGGAGUACCAGGACAUGGUGCAGAAUCAGCAGGGGAGUCACAGUCAGACCGUGUCCUCUCUGACGGAGCAACUCAGCGACAUUCGGCGGGAGCUGAGGGCGAAGCAGAAGGAGAAGAAGGAGGCCGAUAGAACCCGGCAGAACGACAUAGAGGACCGAGAGAGAGAGGAGAGGAAACUGAGGGACAGCCUGGAGAAGAGAGACAAACUCAUAGAGCAAAUCCUGUUGGAUGCUGAGGAGCGUGACAAUCUGUUCAGAGAGCUGCAGCAGAACCUGCAGAACAAACGUGAACCUCUGACGGCCGUCAAACACACACUGUGAUGUAGGACGACGACUGUACGCACCGGACGCAAACUAACUGCACGGAGAAGGAAGAUCUCUUUUGCACUUUCUACACCACCGUUUUGCCUCUGCAGCAUAUUUAUCGUGGUGAACUUUAAGUCUAUUUAUAUUUAUCUCUCUACAUUUUUGAGGUUUGCAUUUGCAGACCCGUCUUGUUUUGGCAAUUUUCCACAAUAACUACUUGAUUCUCUGGACUGAAUCAGUAAUUUCAGACUUAAGAGACUCAUACAACCUGCUUUUCAGUGUGGAGGGAUGUCAAGUUCUUAUAACUGGAUGUUUAAUACUUGAUUUAAAAUCACCAGAUUACUGUAUUUAGUUAUGUUUUGAAUGUAGUGGGUCUAAUGAUCGGGCAGUGAUUGGAUCUCAUUGCAUGCAGUAGGAUUGUUGAUACAAACAUUUCUGAAUGGUAUGAAUGUUGGUGGAUCCUGAGUAGCAUUAAAUGUGUCCUUUAGGACAGGCGCGGGUAUGAAAUAGCUUUAAAUCUAAAUGUAACUUAUUUGCAGUUUCUUUAUUGUGUUUGUCUUUUCACUUUAUGGUACAGAACUGUCAUUUUUUUUGUUUACAGUGCUAUAAUGGCACUUCUGGAGGGAAAUAUUUUGGACCAAAAUUAUAUUUUUAACCUCUUUCCUUUUUGGCUUUUAUGUCACACUUUUUUUUACAUCUUAAACGUGUACAUGUUUAGUAAUGUUAGUUAGUAUGGGACUUCAUUACUGGAGACAUUUCCU